CUCCUCCCCAAAAAUGGUUGGUUCCUUAAAACUCGACGAACUCCUUUCCCUACCACAAGUCCACGUUAAGGACAUUAAAUCACUAACUGAUAAGCUUCAAAACAUCGUCUCGGGCGGUGCAGAUCAACUGAUGGUCAUUUCGGAUUUCGACUUUACACUGUCCAGAUUUGCCGAUAAAUCCGGCAAUCGAUGCUCAUCGUGCUAUUGUGUAUUCGAUAGUGCUGUUGGAACGAAUAAUCCGGAAUGGUGUCGGAAAUUUGUCGGAUUGUAUCAUAAAUAUGGUCCAAUUGAGCACGAUCAUUCUCUGAGCAUUGAGGAGAAGGUUCCGUUUAUGGAAGCAUGGUGGCAACAAUCUCACGGACUAAUUAUUCAAGGAGGAUUCAAGAAACAGGCUAUUGAUGACUAUGUGGCACAUUGUAAUAUUCAAUUGAGAGACAACGCCGACAUAAUGAUGAAAAAGAUGACGAAUCACGCGGUGCCAUUCAUCAUUUUUUCCGCCGGAAUCGGAACAAUCAUCGAAAUGUACCUCCGACAUAAAUUCGGCCGAGUCGAAUCGAACACCCAUGUCGUGUCGAAUAUGAUGGGAUUCGACGACGACGGAUAUGUUAACUCGUUCUCCGAUCCUCUGAUCCAUGUUUUCUGCAAGAAUUCAUCGGUUAUGCCGGCGGAUCGCACGUUUUCCGAGCAAAUUGAGGGAAGGAAGAAUGUGAUUCUGUUGGGUGAUAGUGUUGGAGACGCUUUUAUGGAUGUUGGUGUUGAGGAGGAACAAGUUUCACUCAAAAUCGGAUUUGUUAAUCAUGAUGCUGACAAGCUCGUCGACAAAUAUCUCAACUAUUUUGACAUUGUCCUCGUGGACGAUCAAUCGAUGGAUAUUCCCAAUCAGAUUUUGGAGGCGAUUUAUAAUAAUAAAAAUUACUGAAUUAUUCGUUCCUUAAAAAAAAUGUUUUUUCCCAAAAAUUCUCAUUUUUCAAUUUUACCCCCCACCAAAAAAACCCCCGAUUUUUCAUUGUUUUCCCUGUUAUUUUUCCUUUUUUUUUCCCAAUUUUUACUCAUUUUCCUCCGUUUUUACCAAAAAAAAAAUCAAAUCUGGAAUAUCAGAACAGCUUUAAGAUUUCCACUCUUUUUUAUGGCAUAAUUUUUUUUUUCUCCGCAUUUUCACCAUUUUUUCUUUUUGAAAAAAAAAUUUCCAAUAAAUUGUUAGCUGCUUUUU